CCCACGCCCGCGCCCGUCGCCCGUCGCCCGUCGCCGCCACUUUGUUUGCGGAGCAUGCCCGUUGCAGCUGGUCCGCAGGCAUACCACACCCAACUGCCCUCCUUCAUGACCGUCUACAGCUGCAAUGCCCCUAACAUGGACAGCACCGCCUUCGUGGAUUCCCCGCAGCAGCAAUCAGAGAUAGCAGCUGCCAUUGGAGACGCCGCCGCACACGCAUCAUCGCCACUAUCACCGCGGGAGGACGACAGCGCGACUGCGAGCCCUGCGCCGGAACCGGAAUUGCAGCAUAAGCACCGCGACAGCACGUCGACGCAGGCUUCUGGGUCCACGGACUCUUCGCCUACUACUACUAUUUCUACCGCCGAUUCGUCGGCCCUCACAGACCCGUCGCCCAGCUCGUCGCCGGAGUCCCCAGUUAUCAUCCUCCCGCUAUCCUCCUUCUCCUCCAAGGGCUUCGGAAUCCACUCCCUCGACGACCUAACCAUGUCAGAUAACCCCAUAAUCCGCGACUCCCUCGACCGCCCCAUGACCUCCCCCUCACCCCGGAAACCGCGGAAUGCAAAGGGCCUAGCAUUGAAGCUGGGCUUGCUCGACCCGCUAGUCCAGGUGUCCGCCCCAGCAUCGCCAGCUGCCUUCGUCAAGCCGCCGCUGCCGAAACCCAGGAAGAAGCCGAGCAACCUCAGUCUCCAGACGUCGUCGAAUUUCGCCGGGAAUGCCCUGCCUUUGCUCUCCCUGGAGCCGCCGCCAACGCCUGCGGGACUGCGGGUGACGACGCUGCAUCACGCGGCGUCGACAUCGGAUAUGGGCAUGUUCAGCCCGGAUCUAAGGAGCAGCAUGGCUGGUCCCCAGGGCGGAAUGAGGCUGCCUGGGUUCGAGCGCUCGCAGAUCUCGGGGCUGUCGAAUGCGUUCCGCAAACCUACCCCGAUCCUACAAUCGAGGGCGACGGGGCGGCAGCACAAGCUGGAGGAGAUCUCGCCGAUCAGGACGCAGCUCGCGACGAGAUCGGGGGGUGAUAUUGGAGGGGAUACUUUUGAUUGCGCGGCGAAUGAGGAUGUGAAGUCGCCGGGCUAUCCGGAUGGUCCGAUUGCGAUAUAUGAGCCGUAUGUCUUCCUCUAUCUCGAGCCGAGCGCGGAGGAGGCGGCGGAGUUUGAUGUUGUCAUGAAUGUGGCGUCGGAGGUCAAGAAUCCGUUUAAAGCCAAGCAGGCGUCGGAGGAGCCGAAAAGCCAGGUCGCUGAGCCGUCAAAGUCAUUUGACGCGAUGGAUAUCGAUCGCGACAGCCCGCCAAUGACAGGAUCAUCCAUGGCCACCUUCACCACCGCCUUCGAAGUCCAACCCCUUGACGCCUCGACCCCAACUGGGACCUCGCCCACGACCCCUAAACCCCUCUCCAAAGAACCAGAAUACAUCCACAUCCCCUGGGAGCACAACACCGACAUCUCCAAAGACCUGCUCGCCCUCUGCGAAACCAUCGACGACCGCGUCACCCAAGGCAAGAAGGUGCUAAUCCACUGCCAACAGGGCGCUAGCCGCUCUGCCUCCCUCAUCAUCGCUUACGGCAUGUACCGUAACCCCUCUCUCACCGUCGACGCGGCGUACAACGCUGCCCAGGCGAAGAGCAAGUACGUCAGCCCCAACAUCAACCUCAUGUACGCGCUCCAGGACUUCCGCAAGACUCUCCAAGCGCGCCAGAACUCGAAGAUGGGGCGGAGUCCGAAUAAACACCGCAUGGCGCUUUCGGUCGACGAGAUCGAUUUCAACACCGGCGGAAGCGGAAGCAAUAACGAGAGCCCAAGAACGGCGCCAUUGCCGUCGGAUCCGAGCUGUCAUAAUAGUCAGACCAUCGGGACGCCACCGCAUGUGAGGGGCAACUCGACGCCGGAUUUGAGGGCGUUGUCGCCCGGACCGUCGUCGGCGCCGUCGUUUACGUGGCCGGAGGGGGAUCCGAAGAGUAUGUUGCCGGCUGCUGGGCCGUUAUCGGAUUCGGCUGCGAGACCGAGGGUGUUUGGGUUUGGAGAUCAUAGUGGGGGUUUGGCGCCUCCUACACUUGCUCGUGCUCCUCCUCCAGCUGCAGUGGCGAAGGCCGCACCUCCGCCUCUACCACAAGUGACGGUGGAGGAACCGCUGGCGAAACAAACACAACAACAACACCUCACCCCCGACUUGCCCGCGCCCAUAUUCCCAAAACGUUACUCGAGCAUCCCGCAACCACCUACCCUCGACACACCGACGAACUCGCAACCGGCAUCUCCCCCCGCGCCGACGCUGAGGGGCGGCUUCGCAACUCAUCGCGACGAACACACGGCGAAACGCAAGCCUGCCCCCUCUUUAGCAUUCAAACCCGCGCAUCCUUUGCGUGCAGCGCCUAGCUUGCCGAACUUUGGGAGGGUGACGCAGCCUACAUACCCGUCCCCCGCGAUUCCGUCGCCGACGCUGUGGUCGCCAAGGUUACCGGAGGCGCCGGUGGUGGAGGCGGCGCUUUGGUCGCCGAGGUUACCUGCUGCGUCGUUCCAACUCCCUUUCUUACCAGCCGCCGCACCACUACCUUCAUUUUUCCAGCACCAACCCCAACAAACACAACCUUUUUCCUUAGCCGCGCAACAGCGGCCAAAAAUUGCAAUAUCAACCACCAUCACCGCCGUCCCGCCUCCAUUCUCCCACACCCUCCUUACUCUGCCCACAAUCACUCUGCCCACAAUCCAAACUGCAGAAACAGACACCUCACCACCCGCCCUCAUGAGCCCCACGGUGGGCGAUUUCGGAAUCCAACCUUUUGCGGAGGUGUAUGAGGCGGAUACGGGGAUGGAGAGGUUGCAGCGGGAGCCGGGGUUUAGGAAGAAGAAGAGUGCGGUUUUUGUUAGGGGUGUUGGGGCGGGGGAGGGGGUGCCGCCGCUUCCGGGGGUGAGGGUUGUGAAUGUAGGGGAGUUUGGGAGUUUGGGGGGGAUGCUGGGGGGAGGAGGGGAAAGGGUGGAAGGGGGAAAGGGGGAGGAGAGGGCGGUGGUUGAUCCGAGGAGUCCGGGGGUGGGGAGUUGGGGGGAGGGGGUGGUUUAGAGUAUUGAUGAGAUACUGUAACACCCCCUCCGAAACAUGGCCACAAAAAAGGUAUAACAUUUGUACGAGCGCCCUUUAACGCUUAACAAGCUAGGCACAUUUAUAUCUAAUUUUAGACGUCUCUCUCUGUUGUAGGCUACUAAACUCUAUUCUAUAGAGCUCCAUUUAGUCCUAGCUAACCUAGAUGUCUAUAAUCCUAAUGUGCUCGUUUAAGGUAUACCUUCUAAAAUAUUAGAGCAAGGUAUACUACUUAUCCUAUCUCUGUUUUCUUGUAUAAUAGGGUAUCUUUCUCUAAUACAAAACGAGAUAGUGGGUGAUUCUUAUCUUCUAGAACCGCUUUCUGUAGCUUUUCGUUUAAAGGUUCCUCCUUUAUACGAAGAUAUCUUAUUAGAGCUUCCUUGCAUUCAUUCUCAUCUACAGAGUAGAUAGAAUUAAACUGCAACUAGUAGGCUUUACUAGGGGGGCUGGGGGUUGCAACCUUCCUUUUAUACCCCUUUUCCAAUUUCCACCUUCCCACCCCCCGGAAGCGAGCUGGGUUAUACAAACCAAUCUCGUCCUCCUUAAAUGUCAUCUUCGCCAAAUCUCAUAGCUCGUAUACAGACGAUCAACUAUCAGUCUUUGCUCCCCCUCACAACACCACUCCCUCCACUCCCAGCCAACGAUCCCCACUCCACUGCGGCAACCGAGCCCAAACCAGUCUGACAUGACAUCCACUCAGCGUUGGGUCAGUUGGGGAGGCUACUGCGGUAUGUCAGUAGUAUUGGUAGGAUGCACUAUACGAUAUCGAUCACGUUGGAACGUAAGGAAUUAUCGAAGCUUACGAAGUGAAAAGUGUGUCGUGGGGAGAAAGGAAAGAACUUUUCAACACCGUGAUACUGUUGUCGAGGCGCUACUGCUGUCAUCACCACCCCCGCCGCUGCCCCCAUUGCUAUUACAUACCCCCACCGCCGUCAGACCCUCCACCACAUAGCCAAUAACUCAUUACCACUACAAAUGUACUUCUCUCGUCUUCGUGUGCCACUCGUAGUAACGAAACUCUAGGCAUUCUACUUACACCCUCUAAAAUACGUUACGAGUCUCCCUUGUUCGGAUGUUUCGACGCCGGUCUUCAAUCCAACUUCCUUUCCAACACCGACGAACUUGUGCACAUCACUCACCCCUUCGCUGGAUAUUCUAGGGGAUGAGACGAGAGGACGCCGCUGUCGAGCUUACCAGGACCCAUUCAUUACACUACCGGAAUCGCAUCCACGGGCAAAGAUGACAUCGAAAAGACGAGACAUAUAGACCUCGUCUCCGAGCCGCCUCGUCCUCAGCCUGUUCCUUGUAACUAUCAUGCUAUGCAUGAACCAAUUACUCUGGCCCACAUCUGAAAACCGCAAAAGGCGGACUUCACCUAUGAUGCAGCCCGAGCUGGAAAGGGAACCCAAGCGUUUGAAGAAGUGGGAAGAGAAGUGGUAUGGAGAGGGUGUUGAGCAAGGCGUUGGACUGGUGGAGAGAUGAGAGGUGAGAUGGAGGAGGUGUUGGUAUGGGAAAGGGGUUUGGAAGGUGGAGGAUGGACGAGGGGCGGUCUGGAGAGAGAUUUGGGCUCGGAAAGAUAUACGUGCGAUAUCACUCUGUCUAUCCGUCUGCGAGAAUGUGCAUGAUAGACCCAAUCGCUGUUGUACUUGGGGUGAGUUAAAGGCCCCAAGAUCUCACAAUGGAUGCAUUCAGACCCCGAGUUGUUCCAAGGGCGGCCAGAGAUUUGGGGGGGGUGCAAAGAUAGCGGUGACAACACCAUACCACAAUGACAGCAGUACAGUAUCGACAACAACACCUCACCGUUAACAGCACGUCGAC